UGAUGGAUGGUUCUAGGUACUCAGGGUAUAUAAGAGGAGUGCUUGCCGCCGACAGAAGCGCAGACAGUUCGGUACAGCACACAGAAAAUGAUGAAAAUAGUUUUACUCGGCCUUAUGGCCGCAAUGGCAUAUGCAGCUCCCCCUAUGAGGGGUAUGGGUAUGGGCAUGGGUAUGGGAAUGCCACCUAUGAUGAUGCCACCCAUGAUGAUGGGCGGUAUGUUGCCACCUGAAGCUUUGGACAUGCUGAAGGACCUUAAACCAGACGACAUCAAAGAAGCCAUCAAAAAUAUGCCUCCACAAAUGAAGGACAUGAUGAAGGGAAUGGGAAUCUCUGAAGAUCAAAUCAACGAAGCCGUCAAAAGCCUCCCAGAAGAUUUAUCUCCUCUUGUUGAACAAAUGAAAGAAAAACUAGAAAAUCACCCAGAGGAAGUAGAAAAGGUCAUGGCCAAAGUUGAACUUCCAAGAGAAAUGCAAGGAAACAUGAAAGAAUCUGCUAUCGAUAUUCUCAAGAGACAAAUGCAAGACAUGGGCAUGGACAUCAAAGAAGACGAAGACAUGUCAUCUGUAAUGGACAAAGCAAAGACUGCCAUCUCAAAACAACUGAAAGAGGAGGGAUUCGAUAUCAAUGACCCAGAAGGUAUGCAAGCCAAGAUGAUGGCUGAGAUGAGAAAAAUCACCAACGCAAAACCUGAUGAGAGUGACGAGGAAGUCAAGAUCAAAGUCGCCAAGGAUCUCCUCUCACAAAUGAAAAGAGAUGGACAUGAUGUCAACCCAGAAAACCCACAAGAAUCAAUGGAGAAAUUGAAAACCGAAUUGACAAGCCAACUGAAAGCCAUGGACAUUGAAGUUGACGCUGAAGACAUGAAAGCCAAUGAUUUCAAAGCCAUUUUACAGAAACUUGUUUCCAGUGGAAAAGUCGGAAAUCCAAUGCAUUUAAUGAUGUCUGCUAUGGCCACUUUCAGCAGCGGAGAAAUCCCACACGGAGGUCCAAUGCCACCACCAAUGAUGAUGCCACAAGAAAUGCCACACCCACAAGGAGGAUACAGAAUGCAGCCACUUAACUCAUACGUUGAAGGUGCCGAGGAUGCUUUGGUUCAUGUGUUCGGAGAUGAUGAUGAUGUUAUCCAGAAUCUGAUGGAGAUCAAAGCCGGAGCAAUGAGAGGCGUCCUCCCAGAACAAGCACUCUUCAGACUGAUGAAAGACCUAAUGCACUACCGUCUCGAGGCCCGUGUUCUCAUUGCCCAGAACAGAAUCCUAGAAGAGAAAGUAGCUGCAUCCCAAUUCCAUGCCAUGCCACCAUUUGCCAGAAGCCCAUUCGGUCUGAGAGUUCUUGGAUGUAGCCACCACCGCCAUUAAACGGGCGAUACAAACUGCUGCUGCUCUAGAAUCUGUGUUCCACUCUAUGCUUUGUUUUGAUACCAAUAAACAUCAGAUUUCAAAAUCUUACUGUCAAACAUUA